UAUCUGAUGCUGCGCAUCUCAGACAGCAGCUGCUGUUGUCUGUUUUCAGUUGUCUCUGUAACAGCAGAACCUACUGACUAGAGGCGGCCCACAUUCAAAAUGCUAAAAAGGAAGCCAUCCAAUGCCUCAGAGAAGGAGAAACACCAAAAACCGAAGCGCAGCAGCAGUUUUGGGAAUUUUGAUCGUUUUCGGAAUAAUUCCAUAUCAAAAUCUGAUGACUCAACUAAGGUCCGCGAAGGGGAACUAACAAAUGGAAGCAAAGAACAAAAUAAAACUUCAAAUACUGGAGGAAAUCUAGGUAAAAAAAUGAGAGCCAUUUCAUGGACAAUGAAGAAAAAAGUGGGGAAAAAAUACAUCCAAGCGCUUUCUGAGGAAAAUGAGGAGGACAAUGGCGAGGAAGCCCUCUCAUAUCGUAAGAGUGAUCCCAUGAUUAGAACACAUACAGAGAAGGCCUCCCUCAAAGCCAGCGACUCUAUGGAUAGCCUCUACAGCGGGCAGAGCUCAUCAAGUGGAAUAACGAGCUGUUCGGAUGGAACAAGUAACAGGGAUAGUUUUCGACUGGAUGACGACAGCCCCUACUCAGGGCCAUUCUGUGGCCGUGCCAGAGUGCACACUGACUUCACACCAAGUCCCUAUGACACAGACUCCCUCAAGAUCAAGAAAGGAGACAUCAUAGACAUAAUCUGUAAGACCCCAAUGGGCAUGUGGACAGGGAUGCUGAACAACAAAGUGGGAAACUUCAAAUUUAUUUAUGUGGAUGUUAUCUCAGAAGAGGAAGCGGCUCCCAAGAAAACAAAGGCAGCAAGAAGCAGUAAAAGAGAGAGCACCAAGACUCUGCAGGAGUUUCUAGAACACAUCCACCUUCAGGAAUAUACUUCAACACUUCUGCUCAACGGUUAUGAGACUCUGGAAGAUUUGAAGGAUAUUAAAGAAAGUCAUCUCAUUGAAUUAAACAUUACCAAUGCAGAAGACAGGAUUAGGCUACUGUCGGCUGCUGAGAGUCUCCUGGAUGAAGAAACCACUGAAGAGCAAGAAAAUGAAUCUGUGCCUCUGUCCUUAAGACCAGACAUCUUAAGUAAGUCACAGUUAGAUGACUGCCCAAGGGACUCAGGCUGUUAUAUCUCAUCAGAAAACUCAGACAAUGGCAAAGAGGACCUGGAGUCAGAAAAUCUGCCUGACAUGGUACAGAAGAUUGCCAUCACAGAGCCCAGUAACUAAACACACAUUCACAUCUCUACAUCUACAGCAGAAUUCCAUUCGAACUCUUCAUCUGCUAGAAGAUCAAACAGAAGUGUUCCAAAUGCAUCCCAAAGUACAAAGAAAGUGUUUUAAUAUGAAUGAUUGCAGAUACAAAUUUAUUUCUCUAAAUUCCCAAUGAGUGUUCAUAAAAUAUAUAUUUGUUAAAUACUAUAUGUUAAAAUUCAUCUGUCAAAAAAAGAGUCCCUCU